GGCCGUGUUGGUGAGAGCGGCCGGGUGUGAUGAGCAGGGGGAGUCAGGGGGGGACAAUGGAGAAGCAUUUGACGAGUGUUCAAGAGGUGUAUCAAGAAUGAUGUACCAACACAGAGAGUCCGAGGGGUCCAACACUUUCGCAAGCAGUUUAACAGGCGGCCAGUUAUCCUCGUCAUCGGCACUGAGCUCCAGACCUUCCUCGUCCUCAUCUUCAGCCAGCAGUGUGAGGUCAUGGAGGACGUCUAAAGGGCCUCACCGGGUUUUUGUACCUCAUUCCCCCAUGGACCUGGAGCUGGGUCACCGGGUCAGGAUCAUGCUGCCAUCUGGACGGAUCAGCACGGGAGCGAUUCGUUUCCUGGGCCACCUGCAGGGGGAGGCAGAUCUCCACCUCGGGGUGGAGCUGCAGACACCUGAUCACGGAUUGCAUGAUGGCAGCCACAGGGGACACAGCUACUUUGAAUGCAAGCCUGGCUUUGGCGCCUUUGUACCAUUCCACAAACUACUGAUGGCCUGGGAGUGACAGCAGAAGUGUUGACUGCUGUCACUGUAGAGCCACCCAU